GCAGGAACAGGACUUAAACCCAAAACCUCCAACCUGUCGUCUUAGAUCUGUCAACGCGGAUCCUGGUGUGAGCUCAACGAGGAGACCGAUUAAAUAGAUUUAUUUGUGUGUUUUAAUUCGCGUGCCGACACAAUGAGGACGACUUUCCUGGCGGUUGCAAUAUUUUUGUGCUUGGUCAGAGGGGUUCCAGCGCCAUUAUCUCAGCCAGCUAUCAUUACCAAUGCAUCACCACCAUUAACUUCAGUUGCUGCAUCAAAGUCUACACAAAUCCAAAGUAUCACAAACAAACAGGACAAGGACAACCUUCAGCAACAAAGUCACAAAGCGAUACUUGCAGAUAUAAACGGUAACAAAACACAAAAUGUGACUAAUGAAGGGCAGCAAAAUCAAACUGUCGAAGAGAAAAAAGGCGAGCCUGCAAGCCCAAUAACCCUUGGCCUAAAAGAUCCGAAAGAUCAACCGACUCCAGUUAAAAAUGUAAUAACAUCUGCAGAGUUAGGAGAGAAAGGCAAGGAGCCGGGGUCAAAGGGCACCAACGAAAAUGAGACAGAAGAUGACAAGAAAGACAUAACGCCUCCAAAGGACGGCACUGAGGGAGAGGGCGUUGAGAAUAAAAAAACAGAAAAAGCGGAAGACAAAAAUAGUGACCCCGGAGAGAAAAUUCCGUACGACCACGAUGGAAUAAAUGAUGAGGAAGAAAGCAGUCAUUUCUUUGCCUACCUGGUCUCUACAGCUGUGCUGGUAGCAGUGCUUUACAUCACUUACCACAACAAGCGCAAGAUAAUUGCCUUUCUUUUGGAAGGAAAGAAAUCCAGAUCAGCACGUCGCCCUAAAUCCACAGAAUACCAGAAACUGGAACAGCAGAUGUAAUCUCAAGUCAUUCUCUUGAGGCUGGAUUAAUCAAGCAGUUGAAUACACUGGGGGUUGUGUGAGAAGAGAGUGAAUGGAUACUGGCAUUAAGAUAUUUUCCUGGUAUGCUCUGCAUUGAUUAAAUUAAACCUUGUGUUAAAUGGACAUUCUUCUACUUUAUACCUUUUUAGAUGCUUAUUGUAUGACUAUGCAGACGACACUGUUGCCUUAUUGAGGAAAUUAGUGAAAUGCAGUGAAGGUAAAAUAAGCAUGCUGUUUUUGCACUUGUGUCGUUGUUCAACAUGUAAGGCAAUCUUGUAAUUUGACCUGACUAAGGUCCAGACUCAGGAUAUUUCAGUAGCAGAUGAAAAUAUUAGCUGUUUGGAUUCCAGACUUGUUUGUACAGUUCACUAGUGAUUGCCCUGUGCACUAAAUAAGCCAUCUGGUUCUUUGUGAAAUAUUUGAGGUUGUUUUAAAUGUCUAUUUGGUGAAUUGUAUGUGAUUUAUUUAAGUAUCACAAUGGGAUUUCUGCUUGUGCUCCUAACCCUGUGGUAUUGGCCAGAUGAAUGUAGUGACCUUUAUUUUCCAAAUGAGAUGCUAGCACACUGCUAGACUUAAACAUAUAAAAUAUGUGCUUUAAGAAUUAGUUUUAUGAAAUGUGCCGAUUUGAUUUCUUGCUGGAAAUUCGAUAAAAUGAAUACCACUCAAAUAAUUCCGGUUAAUAUAACAUUAAAGGUGCAAUGUACAAGAUUUAGAGCAUUUAAAUAGCAGCAAACAACGUCGGCGUGCCCAACUGCUUAGCUUGCAACCGCUUCUCUGCACUACUCUCCGGAUUCGGCUGAGAAUGCCGUUCCCACCAGUGUCUUUGUUGCUAAAGCAUAAGACCCACCUUCAGCUAUAGCCAUGUUGAAAGCCGCCGAAAGGCAAUGGAAAUCCUCAAAAUCUCAUAUUUAGCACCUUAAGGCUACAGCCAGCUGAAAGUAGCCUAGCAUGAGGAUUGGAAACGGGGAAAAGAGUAGCCCGACUCUGUCCAAAGGUUACAAACCUCCUUCCAGCAUCCUUAAAAGUUCACUCAUGAACACUAAUCUCAUUUAACUAAUUGGAAGAAAGGAAACAAGUAUAUUUCCCCAAAAGAUACAACUGAAUGAUGUUUUAACUGCUGUCGAGGUGUUGGGUUCAUGUGCAAAAGCCUCUUAAUUUUUCAAGUCUAAAUGUUAUACGAUAUGUGACUGGCAUUAAAACGUUGUUUAUCAAAAAUGCCAGUGAGGUUACUGUACGGCUGCCCAACACCUCUGUGGCUUCUUAUUUUGGAUAAACGUCUCUUACUUGGUUUACAUUUGUUGCUUUGCAUUUAAACUCUAGUCUGAAAUGUUGUUAAUCUAAAAUUGGUUCUGUAAGAGGUAGUUGGCCAAGAAAUGCAUGGCUUACAAUGUUUGGAGGGAAUUGCUGGUUAACCACUAAUACAUUAGAUUGAAUAUUUCCUCUAGAGUAGACAUGUGUUUAUGUUCAGGGUUGAUAGACUUGUGCCAAAUUGUGAAUUUUACUGGGAUUCAAUGUGGGAUUCUUGUAUUGUGCCUGUUUCCUAAAAUAACAUUCUAACAAUUAACAUUUGUACUGGCAUGAGGUCACAAUAACAGCCCUUUCUGUUAAAGGGAAAAUAAAUGUAUCCCAAUUGUUUCUUGUAAGAAUUGUAUUGUUGAAUCUGCAAAGAAAACACUGCAUUAGUUAAUUAAUUUGCUCUUUUCAUGAGUGAAAUAAGCACUAGAAUUAGUAAGAAAGCAUCAUGAGUCAUUCUCUCAUACAGCCAGGCAGUUAGCAUGAAAUUAGCAUGUUUUCAAGAUGUUUAAUCAAAAUAUAUAUAUAUAUAAAUAAAUAAGUCUUUAUUUAAGUUUGUUAGAAAUGGCUGUCCAUAAAACCCAUCUUGCUGUCCUUCGAGACUUUCAUUCUACACGUGUCUGAUGAACCAAUUGCCAUGAAU